CCAUGGCGUUGCUCCUCCUGGUGCCGUGCCUCCUCUCACUCGUGCUUGCGAUUGCGAUUUCGCUCACCUGCCACGUGAACGCAGCUCAGUGGCACGAUUGUGGCUCCCAGCAUGUGGCCGUCACCGUGAAGAACGUCACCAUGCUGCCCGACCCGCCAGUUGCCGGCUCGGAUUUCACCGUUGUGCUGCCCGCCGUCACAGCGACGUGCAUCCAGUCGGGCGUUGUGAGGGUGAGUGUGGCGUACUACGGGUGGCCGGUCUACACGUCCACGGUGCAGCUGUGUGACAAGACGCCCUGCCCCGUGCUGCCAGGCGCCUUCACCUUCUCCAAUCAGCAGCCUCUGCCCUUCCUCACCCCCGCUGGCACGUACACACUGUGGCUCAAGGCGCGCGACAGCAGCGGGCGAGAUCUGUUCUGCACGCGCGUGGACUUCACCAUCGUGCGCCCGCAGGCAGGGGAGAGGCAGCCCUCUCUGCGCGUGCAGACAGCUCAUCCACUUGACGUCCGGUCUAACUUAUUCUUGACUGGUGCGCCUGUCGUGCACUGCGACAAACCGCGCGCGAUGGCCCCGCGCCCGAAGAAGAAGGCGGUCGUGCGCGCCUCCGAUCGCGCAAGCAGCUCCGCCGACGCGCACGCAGGGCACGCGCGGUGGGCGUCGAUGCGCUCGCUGCUGCUCCUGGGCGGCGCGGGAAUGCUCUUCUACUUCCUCCUCGCGCGCUCCGACUACUCCUCGGGGUACCGCCACGGCGGGCCCAUGGGCGCAUGGCGGGGCGGGGGCGCGGGCGGAAUGGACGAGCGCUGGAUGGGCGGGGAGGACCAGUGGGGCGCGCGCGGGGGCGCAAUGGGGAGGGGGGAGUGGGGAGGCGCCGGGGGGCAGUUUGGGGAUCGGCGCGGGUUUGAGGGCGCGGCGGGCGGGUGGCAGGGCGCUGGCGGGGGGGACUGGCGGAACGACGGGGGAGGGCCGCGGCAGCUGGCGGGCGGGGAUAGGCUGGGGGGGGCGCAGGGAGGGGGAUGGGGGCAGCAAGGGGCCGCUGGAGGGUGGGACGCGGGGAGAGGGGGGAACGGGUUUCCACACCAGGGGGGCGGAUGGGGGGCAGGCGGGGGGAUUCAAAUGCCAGGCGGGGAGGGGGCGGGCGGGAUAGGCGGAGGAGCUGGGGGAAUGGCAACUGGCGGGGGCGGGUGGGGCGGAUUGAGAGGGGGAGCGGCGGGCGGGAUGGGUGAGCCCCAGCAGACGAUGCCGCAGGGGGCACUGCCCAUGCAGCACGGCGGGCAAGGCGGACAGGGCGGGCAGUGGGGUGGCGCAGGGGGCCGGGAGAGCAGCGGGUGGAGCAGUGGCACGGCAGCCCAGGCGCUCCCCCAGCAGCAGUGGGGCGCGGAGGGCGCCACCUCGGGCACAGCAGCAGCAGCAGCAGUUGGGGGAGGGGGAGGGAUAGAGGGGGGCGGGGGAGCGGCGGGCGGAGGAGGAGCGGGGGAGAGCGCGUUCCUGAGCGCGCCACACGCGCACUGGAAGCCGGUGGACGGGCAGUUCCCCCUGGAGGGCGGCACACCCCAGCGGUCGUACCUGACGGUGGACAUCUCGCGCACGCUGCUCAAGCGCGUGCACCUCGACGCCACGCGCUUCUCCGACGAGACCAAGCCCAAACCCAAGGGCGCCCCCCCGCCACGCGCGUCACGCGGCCCCCCGUGCCCCGACUUUGAGUUUGCGUAUGAAAGGCUCCCCGGCGUGGGGUCGUGCUGGGAGGCGCCCCUGGCGGACAGCUCCCGCACGCCCACGCGGUACCCCGCCAACUGCCCGUCGCUGGACGAGAGCUGCAUCCAGGAAACGGACUUCCAACCCCACCCCAAGUGGGCCGCGCAGGUGCUGGUGCUACACAACGUGUAUGUGAACCUGGCAGGGCAGGUGUUCAACGAGACGCACCUCUUCGACCACAACGCCUGUUCCGUCACGCUCGCCGCCGCCAACUUCCGCUAUGCCUCCGGGCGCACGCGCGUGCGGCGCUUCAAGGAGCUCGUGUCGCUCGUCGACUGGUUCGCCUGGUCCGCCCGCGCCUACCUGCUCGAGCUCAUCCCGCUCUUCGUCUCCCUUAGGAAGGUGCGUGCGUGCGUGUCAGACAGGCGGCGGCACGCGAGAGCAACGCUUGCAGUGCCUCACCUCCACCGCCAGUUGCUGCCACACCUUCUCAAGCCGCCCUGCUCUACCUCAUGCCCUCACCCUCCCCUUCUCAAACCUGUGUGCUCCCAACCCAUUUCCCCCCUCCUCCUCACCCCACCCUCUCUCCACCCUCGUCUGCCCUCUGCUGUCCUUCCUGUCCCCCGUCCUUCCCUCGGAUCCCUCCCCACCGCCCGUGCGCCCCACCCGGUGCAGGUGAUGGCGGCGAUGAGGGGCGUGGCGGUGGCGGUGGGGCACCGCCUCACGCACCGGCGCAACCAGAUGCAGCAGAUGCUGGCGCUGGGCGCCGAGGACAUUCUGGGCGUGCAGCUCUCCCGCAUGAACGUGCACGUGCUGCAGGGCGCCGACCUCUUCUUCGCUGAGAAGCUCAUUCUCCCGCUGCACCAGCGCUGCGGCCAACCAUCGCGCGCCAUGUGGCAGUACAUCCGCAACCACCACUUCCUGCCCAAGAACGGCCUCCCCAUGUUCUACUCUGACUACCGCCCCACAGCAGUAGCAGAGAACCCGCCGCCCAAGGACUCGUUCACGCCGCGCAACGACUGGGUGGUGCUGCUGGGGUGGAAGAACUCGCGCGAGGAGCUGCUGCGGUCGCUGCGCCUCAAGGAGCAGCUGGAGGAGCUCUUCCCCGCCGACCGCGUGGUGGUGUACCGCGAGGGCGCGCACAGCAUCCCGCGCCGCAAGGACCUGCUGAACCGCGCGCACCUGCUGGUGGCGCCGCACGACAACCUGCUGGCUGACCUCGUCUUCAUGCCGCCCGGCGCCGCCGUGCUGGAGAUCCGCCCCGUGGACGACCCCGACCCCGUGUUCCACCUGCUGGCCGACGUGUGCGACAUGGAGUACUACCUGGCGUUCAGUGAGCCCGUGGACAGCAAGGGCAAGGCCAAGGCGGGCAAGGGCGGGGAGGUGGCGCUGCGGGCCAAGGACCCCAAGGCGGUUGAGCGCCUGCUCAAGGAGAUUUCCAGGAAGGUUCUGGCCAAGGUGGAGCAGCUGAAGCACGUGUAG